AUGGCCGCGAAGUCGGAUGGAGAGGCGGCCGCGGCCGGCCCGGGGCCGGAGGGGACGGUCGGAGCAUCCCGGGGAGGCGACGGCGCGCGCGGGGAGGCGGCGGCCGUGCCCGGGCCUCCGGGGCUCGGCGCGGCGGCAAGCCCCGGGCCGCGUUACGAGCUGCGGGACUGCUGCUGGGUGCUGUGCGCGCUGCUCGUCUUCUUCUCCGACGGCGCCACCGACCUGUGGCUGGCGGCCUCCUACUACCUGCAGGGUCAGCCCACCUACUUCGGCCUCACCUUGCUCUUCGUGCUGCUGCCCUCGCUGGUCGUGCAGCUGCUCAGCUUCCGCUGGUUCGUCUACGACUACUCGGAGACCCCGGCCAGCCCGGGACCCGUCGUCAGCACCAAGGACAGCGGCGCCGGAGGAGCCGCCAUCAGCACCAAGGACAGCGCCGUCGCCUUCAGGACCAAAGGAGGAGGAGGAGGGACGGGCAGCCCCGAGCCGGGGCCCCGGCCCCCAGCGCCUUCCUCGUCCUCCUCCUCCUCCUCCUACCGCCGCCGCUGCUGUCGCCUCUGCGUCUGGCUGCUGCAGACCCUCGUUCACCUCCUGCAGCUCGGCCAGGUCUGGAGGUACCUGCGCGCCCUGUACCUGGGGCUACAGAGCCGCUGGCGCGGGGAGCGGCUGCGCAGACACUUCUACUGGCGGAUGCUGUUCGAGAGCGCCGACGUGAGCAUGCUGCGCCUGCUGGAGACCUUCCUGCGCAGCGCGCCGCAGCUCGUGCUGCAGCUCAGCCUGCUGGUGCUCCGCGGACAGCAGCCCGACGUGCUGACCGCUCUCUCCAUCUCUGCCUCCCUCGUGUCCCUGGCUUGGACGCUGGCCUCCUACCAGAAGGUGCUGCGGGACUCCCGGGAUGACAAGCGUCCCCUGUCCUACAAGGGGGCCGUGGCUCAGGUGCUGUGGCACCUGUUCACCAUCGCCGCCCGCAGCCUGGCCUUCGCCCUGUUCGCCAGCGUCUACCAGCUGUACUUUGGCAUCUUCAUUGUGGCCCACUGGUGCGUCAUGACCUUCUGGGUCAUCCAGGGGGAGACGGACUUCUGCAUGUCCAAGUGGGAGGAGAUCAUCUACAACAUGGUGGUGGGCAUCAUCUACAUCUUCUGCUGGUUCAACGUCAAAGAGGGCCGCAGCCGCCACCGCAUGACCCUCUACUACUGCAUCGUGCUGCUGGAGAACGCGGCGCUCACGGGCUUCUGGUACUCCAGCCGCCACUUCUCCACGGACUUCUCCUCGCUCAUCCUGGUCUGCGUGGUGGCCUCCAGUUUUGCACUGGGCAUAUUCUUCAUGUGUGUGUACUACUGUCUCCUGCAUCCCAACGGGCCCAUGCUGGGUCCCCAGACGCCCGGCUGCAUCUUCCAGGAAGACCCGGGAACCUGUGGCCCUCCAGCGGACGCUGUCACCAGUCCCCCGAGGUCUCUGCCCAGGACUACAGGCGCUGAGCGGGAUGGGGGGGCCUCGGCCGGAGGCGAGCGGGCUGGGACGCCUACGCCCCCUGUCUUCCAGGUGCGGCCUGGCUUGCCCCCCGGGCCAGUGGCCCGCCCCUUGAGGACAGAGGGGCCCGUCAUUAGGAUUGACUUGCCUCGCAAAAAGUACCCUGCGUGGGAUGCUCAUUUUAUCGACCGCAGGCUCCGGAAGACCAUUCUGGCACUAGAGUACGCCUCACCUGCCACGCCCCGGCUACAGUACCGGAGCCCGGGCACCUCCCAGGAGCUGCUGGAGUAUGAGACCACGGUGUAGGCCACGCUCGUGUCCUCUAAAAGGGACGGGCUUGGCUGACCCCCCCGCGUUGACCACAGUGUUGAGUCUGGAUUCCAGGGCCACCAGGCUGAGACGGAGUGGAUCUCUGGAUCCGAGGGUAAAGUGGCCCCACCAUUGGGUUUCCUUGGGAAAGGGGACAGCCUUGUGGAGGCCCCCUUUUCAGCUCUGUGGCCCAUUAUCCAAUUUCCCCUGAACCAGGGCCAUGGCAUUAACUGGUGCUACCCCCUCCUGAGCUGCCCCACUUUCACGGGGAUGCCAUACCAUGUCUGGCUCAGGAGCCCCCACCCUUCUCCCUGCCUGGAGCUGACCACAUGUCACCCCUGGGGGGCCUACCAGGAAAAAAAAAAAAGGCACUGCCUGGG